UAUGUGUAAAGAUUUUAGGCAUAGACGGUAAACAUGGUGCUCGAUUGAUUGGCUAUGGGAACUGACCCAGGGCCAUCGAGCAUUUAUUCAUGCCAUCCUUCUCUUCCGGCCGGUUGUGGGUCUUCCAAUCCCACACAUUUCCGUGUACAAAGACGUUGAUAUCAGCUUCGGCUGAAGCUGUCAGAAAUUGCAGCCGUUCAUAUAAUUAGUUAUGGACUAUUUCAAUCACAUUCUCAGAAGCCUCGUCACGACUGCUUCAGACCAUGUACAUCGUCCUUUGUUACGUUGUACCAUCUCCCAGACGUAAAGUCCAGUGACCAAAAUUCCAGGUAUGCAAUGCCGCAGGGAUUUCUCAAUCUCCCACUGGAGAUCAGGCUGCAAAUAUACCAACUAGUUUUGGGUCAUGGCAAAAUAUUUGUCCAUGUCCCAACUGAAAGCGACACUUCAAGCUUCCUGCCGCCCAAUAGUUUUAUUCAGAACCCUGGUCAACGAUCCGGUCAAUUGCUGAGGGUGUGCAAAGUCAUCCUCUCAGAGGCUGGCCCGUUGUUAUACAGUAACACGACCUUUCACGUCAUGACCCACGCGUGUGUUGGUGGACUCCCAACGAGAGUGACGGAUGGAUAUAUCAUAGCACCCCAUGUCAAACAUCUCAUCUGGCAACUGGACUGUGACAAUCUGACGGGUUAUGACCCCCAAGACUCACAACUAGACAUGUCCACAAUUGCUCGAUGGGCCAGCCUGGAGAUCCGAUGUCGAGCCAACUUGUGGAAGGACUCCUUCAUGGGCGAAUUGUGCGACCGAGAAUCAUUCGUCAAGGGGAGAACGCAACUGAUCAGCUACGCCCGUAUCUUUCAAUCUGCUAUGAGCACCAAUGUCGCACCCGAGUCGAUCGGAUUAUGGGAGGAUCGCUCCCAGCUAGGACGUGGGAUGGUCAUUCUCAAACUCCACCAAAAUCACCUGCAGACGCAGCUUCUUUCACACACGCCAGACCAUUUGCCCAUUCUUGCACCUUAUUAAAUCCGGACAUGACCUGGAAAACACCAUGUGUGGGAACAUGAGGCCGUUGCAAAAAAUGAGGAGCAACAGCAAACAGGCAUCACGACAGGUUUGAUCAAAUCAACACUGUGUCGUGAACCGACGAUCUGGCUGUCCGAGAAUCGAUAGUAAGACUGGCAAUUGGGGAAAUGAUGGUAUCGUUUACUGUUGUGAUGUGCUGGUACCAGGGCAGGCGUCAAACUUAGGUACUUAGAUUGCCCAGCCUAGCCAUAUCUCAAGACUUAGGUAGGCUGUACCUGGAUCCAUGGCGCUCUGUGCUCUCACCCCGAGCCAUGUGCAUGAUUAUCAUGAGGGACCUUGGAAGCCAACCGAAUCGAGUCUUUGGAGUCGGGCCGUUUACAGUGGUUGAGGUGACAAGGGUGAUAAGGUUGGCUAGGGAGCCUUGAGACCCUGGGGCCUAUUGGAGCCACGGGGGCAUAAUUCUGCAGCUUUGGUGGUUGCGGAUGAUUUUUCCUGUUGACGACUUUGAGCAAAAGUGGUUAUGUUCAGGGACGAAGCAACCGAAUCAAAUGGCAGAGGGGCAUGACUCACGAGGCGUUCAAAUGGUCAUGGGUUUCUUAUUGAUACAAUGUCAAUCCAACCCCGGCUAAUUGACGCAUCAGUGCAGGUGGUUUGCAAGUGUGAGAAAGCGAGAGGGUCUGGAGCCACCUGUGCACCCGGGGCCCCUCGGCCCUCGGGCACCCCGAGGCUUGUGGCAGGGGCCCGGAGCCCGGAGCCCGGAGCUUCAGCGCCGAUUGCUCGAGCGCGAUCUGCAAGGCAUGUUGCCUUCAAGCAGCUGCCUAUCUAUCUUAUAUUUAUUAGGUAGGUACCUACCUAGGUAACUCUGUACGUAGUCAUUAGCUCAAUUACGCGGGUAAUGUGCAUGAAUUGAAUUACUA